UGCUCUCUGUUCUGUCGGAUGAGAAUCCUUCCAACAAUUUUCUACCACUCCUAUAAACACUCUUUAUCUCUCCACAACCUUCCUUAAUCCAUAAUCAGCAUGGCCUAGGAAGUCCCCCACAAACUACCAUCUAAUACUAGUCCCAAAGCCUCCAUUGGCAAAAUGGACACUACCAAGAUUGAGAAGCUUCAAGCCAUGAAGAGGUAUAGGAGGAGGAGGAGGCAAUUCCUGACAAGCCUCAUCCAAUACUUAGUAGCAAUUCUGCUUCUUGGUUUAUUCCUCUCGAGCCCCCUAUGGCUCCCCACCAUCUUCUCCUCUCUUAAUCUCUUCUUCUUUGUUUUCCUUCCCGACUUGCACGCCGUCGUGUUUGGACCCAAGUGCCUCUUCGUUGUGUGCAAUCUCAUUGUCAUCUUCCUCAUCGGUGAGUCGAAGUUCUCAAAGUCUUCCUUGACUCCUCCUGAUAUCUAUGAAGAGUACAUGAACAGAAACACUAACCUUCGAAGAAGAUCUACGAGGAAAAGCAAGAAAGGAAGUGCAUGCAAGAAGGCUUUUGAUGAAGAAGAAGAGGGAGAAGAGGAAAAAGGAGGUGGAGGAUGGGCUCAAGUGGAGGGAGGGUAUGAGGAGGUGGAUGGAGAGGGGGAGAAGGGCUUGGAUGAAUUGAACAGGAGAGUUGAGGACUUUAUUGCAAGAGUCAACAAGCAGAGGAGGCUUGAAGCAAGAAUGCUACUAUGCUAUGAGUGAAGAAAGAACAGCUUUAGGCAUAGGAUAGAACAAAGACUACUUCAGGGAUAUCAAGAGAGCUGUUACUGUGUUCUUAGACCGAAUUCAUCCAAAACAUAUAUGUCAAAAGCGUGUGAAAUCUCUGUAAAAAUUAAGUUCUAUCUACUUCCACAGCCCAUGGGGAAAUAUGCUAAGGAAUAAAUUGUUCUGUUUUCACUCAUGGUGAUCCUAUAAAGCCAUAAAACUUUAUAAAUAAGGUACUAGUGGAUUGGCUGGGAGGCCUCAGAAGGUGUCUAUUAACUGUAAGGGAUUGGGUAGGAAUUCUAAAGAUGUAUGGCCGCUAUCUGUUGUAACCAAAGUUGACGGGAGUUGCAUAAAGAGUGUGUGUGUUUGUGUGUGUGUGUGUGUGUGAGAGAGAGAGAGAGACUAAGUGCAUGCUUAGUGGAAAGUAUGUCCACUAAGAAAAAUAAGGUAGUAAAAUCUUUUGUGGUUUGGAAA